AUGGAUCGGAUAAUGCGCCUUCUCACAUUGCUGAUCGCCGUCAUUGCGCCGCUCACAGCCGCCCUGAAAUUCGACCUGCACCCCGUGUCGCCGCACGACGCCGCCAAGUACGAGCGAUGCGUCCGCAACUUUGUCGCGAAGGAGCAGCUCGUAGUCGUCACAGCUAUUUUGGAUGGAUACAGGGGUGACGGCCAGAAGGUUGACAUGCACAUCCGUGAUGCCAUGGGCAACGACUACCACAGGCCGAAGGAUGUCGUCGGCGAGAACCGCUACGCCUUCACUUCGCACGCCGACUCCGCCUUUGAUGUGUGCUUCGAGAACAUCUACUCGGGCGCACAAACCAACACCAACCCCCGCCACGUUGAGCUGGACAUUGACAUCGGCGCCGACGCCAAGGACUGGAGCGCCAUCCAGGCUGACGAGAAGCUGAAGCCCGUCGAGGCCGAGCUGAGGAGGAUCGAGGAGGUUGUCGGCGAGAUUGUCGUUGAGAUGGACUACCUGCGGGCUCGUGAGCAGAAGCUGAGAGACACCAACGAGAGCACCAACGAGCGCGUCAAGUGGUUCGCAUUCGGCACAAUGGGCAUGCUGGUCGGUCUGGGCGCGUGGCAGGUCGUCUACCUGAGGGCGUACUUCAGGAGCAAGCACCUCAUCUAG